AUGGACAUUGACGUGAUGGACAUUGAUGAAAUUGAGGCUGCUGAGCAGAUCAAUCUGUCUGACCUUGGAGAAAGUUUUCUCCAGAGUUUCUGCAAAAAAGCAGCAAUAUCCUUCUUUCAAGAGUAUGGACUUAUAAGCCAUCAGCUCAACUCCUACAACUUUUUCAUUCAACACGGGCUUUAG